AUUUGUCAGCAGAUUAUCUAAUUUGGUUAUUUGUAACUUUAUUUUUGGCUUGUAAAUUAUUCUUAUUUAUCGACUCUGUUUAUUUCGUGAAUAGAAUUAAAAGUCCACAAUAGUUAGAAUUAAAAGAGCUUAUUUUACUUAAGUGCUCUUGCUCUUAACGUGUUUUUUUCCCUACUAGUUUUUCUAGCACAGCUGUUUGCAUUAUUUCGUCAGAAUGACAAUGGGCGAUGAAUUACCCGUUACUUCCUUGGUUUUGCCUGUACUGAUACGCCCAGUAUUAUCACAGCUUGAAAAGUACCAUGUUGGUGGUUCUCAAACAUUACGUGCAGCUCUCACUAAAGCUGAAGCCGCAGUUCCUGGGCUUAACUAUGAUUUGGUGGCUGGAAUCAUGAGACGGGCAGAGAUACCUGUAAAUAUGAAUGAAAGCUUGCUACGUUUACAAGGGACACUUACUGAGGCAGAAUGUGCAGAUUUGAGACUGAACCGAUCUGAGGAGGCAUUCCAAGAAUUGAACAAAAAAUCUUCAGCACUGAAGAAAAUUCUGAGUAGAAUUCCUGAUGAGAUCACUGAUCGCAAAACUUUCCUGGAGACUAUUAAAGAAAUUGCUUCAGCUAUAAAGAAGCUACUGGAUGCUGUUAAUGAGGUUUCUACCUACACCCCGGGAGCCGGGAAACAGGCAUUGGAGCAAAGAAAAAGAGAAUUUGUCAAGUACUCAAAGAGGUUCUCCAACACACUGAAGGAGUAUUUCAAAGAGGGACAAGCAAACGCUGUUUUCGUGAGUGCCUUGUAUUUGAUUCAUCAAACAAAUCAAAUUCUCUACACAGUGAAGAGCAAGUCAGAAUGAGAAAAAAAUAUAUUUUAAUUUGGAUUAGAAGAUCGUUAUUUUAGUUAAGAACUUUUUUGUUCACAAUAUUAAACAGGAAAAAAAUCAAAAUUUAAAAUAAGUAUCAUUAAAAUAUUACUUUGUAUUAUUAUAGAUUGUUAUUUUAGUAGGGAAACAUUGGUACUUCGGUACAUUGGUAUGGAUUCUUUUUAACCUAAGUGUUAAACUUGAUUGAGAAGAAAAAAAUAAAAGAUUGUUUACUUCGGCCGAUUAAAAAAAAUAUAGCUGUUUUGGCGAAUUAGCGCCGUAGAGUAUUAUAUAAAUUCAAACUUCUUCUUAAUUUGCUUGUCUAUAGUCGUCGUGUAUACACGUGUUGGUAACAGCUAGUGUACUAUAGUCUUUUUUAAAGGUUACAUAAAUUGAUAAUAAUUUUAUACCUAGAGUCAUUUAUUUGUCCACCCAUAGUCGGAAAUCUGAAACUCCGUGUCAAUGUUGUAGCCUUUUUAACACUUAUAUCCAUCUAUACUUUUUGAUGUUAAGUUGGGUUGGAUUAAGGAUUUGGGUUAGAAAUUUGAAUAAUUAAGUAAAAAAAUAUUUUUAGAUUCCAAGUAUUAUUUUAAGUCACCAAAUUGUAUAUGUUGAAAUUAUAAAGUCAUGUUAACAUGUAAACGUUUUAUUAA